AUGCCAAUCACUUCAGCGGCCUGCUACGUCGGGCUACUCCUCAUUUCAAGCCUCAUCUUGUCGAGAGUCUACCGCCUGCACAGAGCCUCACUACCAUUAAAGUGCCUGCAGCCGGUCACGAGCCGUAACGCCGCAUGCUUCCCCGGCCCGCGACAGUUCCCCGUCGUCGGGCGCGUGCACGACCUACCGCGCGAGUCAUCCUGGCUCAAGUUCAAAGAAUGGGCCGACGAGCACGGCCCCAUAUACGAGACGUCCAUGAUGGGGCAGCGCUUCGUCACCGUGUCGGACGAGGGCAUCGCGACAGACCUGCUCGUCAAGAUGGGAAACCACUUCAGCGGGCAGCCGCAGUUACGCGCGCUUAUAGACCACAAGAAGGGCCCGACGUACCUGGCGCUGCAGGACCGCAAUGAGACGUGGAAGGCGCAGAGAAAGUGGGUUCACGCCGCCAUGACCGUGGCGACGCAAAACGGGUUUUACGGCCAUGUCGAGGACGAGGUGAAGCGGUUCCUGGUCACGCUGCUCGUCGACCCGGACAGGUUCCACGGCAACAUCCGCGAGACGACGGGCCGCAUCAUGGCACAGCUGACAUGGGGCGACGCCUCGCUCGGCCCGCGGUAUGGCGACGAGGCGCUCGCGGCGCUGCGGCAGAUGUCGACCAACGGGCCUCUGGUCAACACGAUCACGCCGCUGUGGCACCUCGCCGACCUGGUCGGGUACAACCCCUGGCGGCAGGAUGAGCUCGCGCGCGAGGGACGGAUGAAGGCGUGGUGGACUAACAGCCUGCGCGCGGCGAAGCGGCGGUUCGGCGAGGGCACGCGUCCGGGAGACACGUGGGCAGCACGGUACUGUGAGCAGCAGCUGCGCGGCGGGGGCGAGGGGACGAGUCCGCAGAAGGAGAAGCAGGGGGUCGAGGACGAGGAGGACGAAGAGUUUGCGGCGUGCAUGCUGGGAUUCCUGUGCAUGGUGGGCGUGGUGACUGUGGCCGGGCCGAUGCAGUACUUUGUCAUGGCCAUGAUGACGCACAGAGAGUGGCUGGCCAGGGUGCAGGACGAGGCUGACCGUGUCUGCGGCGCGAGGAUGCCGAACAUGAGCGACUAUACAGAGCUGCCGACGGUACGGGCUUGCGUCAAUGAGACGCUGCGGUGGAGGCCGACUGUUCCUCUUGGCGUGCCUCACGAGUGCGAGACGCCAACCGAGUACCGCGGCAUUCCCAUCCAGAAGGGCGACAUCAUCCUCGCCCUCGAGUGCCAUACCGCCCAGAGCGAUGGCUCGAAACCCCAGUGGCCGACGGCGCACGCGGAGCCCCUGGCGCGGUACCCGAGCCUGCGCGAGGGCAAGGCCAUGCACACGUUUGGCUGGGGCCGGCGGGCCUGUCUCGGCACCGCGCUCGUCGACCACGAGAUGCUCGUCUUUGCGGCGGCCCUGUGCUGGGCGUUUGACCUGUUGCCCAGGAGGUGUCCGCUGACGGGCGAGGAGGUGCCCGUGGACACGCGGGCGACCGACUCGCACGUCAUCCUCGAACCGACGCCGUUUGCCGUGGACAUUCGGCCGCGGAGCGAGGAGAGGGCGGCGCAGGUCCUGGAGGCGUACGCGCGUGUAAGUGGGAGGAUGAGGUUGUAG